AUGUUAACAUGCUUUGCUGGAUCGGUAAAAGUCGAUGUCCUAUUUCGAGCUGUAGUAGACAUUCUAAAUGAUAAACACAGAGUUGGUGUUUAUUGUUUUAUCAAGAAAUCCCGUCUGAUUUUUUGUUUCUCUUCCUUAAGUUUUUAUUUUUUAUUUUUUCUUUUUUUUUUUCUUAAUUUCCUUUUCCAGGUGAGUUGGUUGGAAAACGAUCUGAAAAGAACAACAACCAAAAAAAAGAAGACACAACAGCAACCAUUAGAUCAAGUACCAGCAAACAUGAGUCUGAUAGAUAAAACUAUAGACGCAAAGUUAUAUGUGUAUACAAUUCAAUUAGUGUCUUCAAGUACUGAUAUAGAUAAACUCCAAGCAUUUCUUCGAUUAUUGAAUGCAAAGGUUUUGUCAUCCGAUACAAAUGAGUUCACUUUUACAACUAAAAACAAUUUAUUGAAUGCUAUACUAGUACACACAUACCCGUUGAAUCUUGAAUUAGAGGAAUUGACUAAAUUGGCAAAUCUAUUGAUUGAUCCGUCAAAUAUUACUAAAACUGACGAAACAGAUUCUUUUGAUGUUGAAGAGUUUGCUUUUGGUUUACCAACUCAGAUUGAAAACGAGUCAUCACUUCUUGCUACUGCUCAAGAUUUAAUGGUUGACACCAAUGUACAAAGCUCAUAUAUUGGUGGAUUAAAGUUUGGAUCCACUCCAGACGAUCUUCUUUUAUCAUUCAUACAAGCAAAGACAAUACAAUUGUCCAAAUACUUUGACAACGUGAACGAUAUUAUGCCAUUGUAUGAGAGAGUAUCUUCAGAUGCUUUUCAAUCGUGGUUUGCGGGAGUGAUUUCACCAUAUAAGUACUACUAUGACCAUUAUGGACAAGUUUACAAUGGAGCUACCUUACAGGAAUAUUUAAGCGCUGGAGAAACGCUAAAAAACAAGUUUGAGAUGUUGAUCACACCAUUAUCUGCUGGAAAAGUUUCCAAUAUUGAACAAUGGAUUGCAAAUGUCAUCAUACCUAUAAUUAUGUACCACAACAAUGAUUUCCGUCCGUUGAAUGAAUGGCUAUUUUAUAGCGAUAUGGGAGCUACUGUCACCAAGGGCAGUAACAAAACGUCCCCAGUUACCAAAUAUUCCGUCUGGUCAUCAUGUAUCAGUUCUUUAAAUCGUCAUUUUGAGUUGGAAGAAUUUAAAGUAAUCAUUGAGACCUAUUUGGCGGCUUGCUAUUAUUUUAGUUUUAAAGAGGAUACCGAUGUGGUUUCGUCGGUCGACAUUAUGAAAAGUUACGAAGUUAUACACGACACGUUGUCAUUAUUAAGAGGUAGCUCCAAAACAUUAGCACCAGGAUCCCAGGAUAUUGACUAUGGAAACAUUCCCAUGGAUUGUGCCUCAUUUAAUGAGUUUAACACACCAUCCAACCCACUAUCAGCUUUAUUUCAUAGUGAAUGUAUUCCUGAAUUGAAACAUGCGAUAGAAACAUGUCAGAAGUUGUUUCCAAUUAACAAAUUGACUCUCAAGAAGUACCUCCAAUUCAAUUAUGAUCCAUCUUCAAUAGAUCUUGAAAGAGAAAUUUUAAGAAUCACCAGUAAUAUUAAUCACUCCAAUUGGCAACAGUUGAUGAGAUCAGUGGACUUAUUCAAGAGCAGCUUUGUCUCCGAAGAAAAUACGAAUGGUCAAGUGUCGUCUAUUAUUAUUGAAAGGUUGUUGUUUGCAAAUUUGUUUGAUGUGGCGGAUGAAUUGUUUUUCAAUGACUCGUUGUUGCCUAUUUCUACGAAUCAGUUCUAUUCACUUGUCGAAGAAAAGUUUUGGGCAAGCUUGAAUCAUGCAGUUAACUUGAAUGAAAAAUCUGGGUUACUAUAUAAUGCACACCAAUGUUUAAACUUGUUUGACAAGUUAGUUUUGAAAAAAGACUUGGAAGAGCUGAGCCGACAACAAAUUGUUAAAUUCAAACAUCUAUUCAAGGCGAUGCAUGCAUUGAAGAACUUUAAAAUUGUUAUUGUUAGUAGUGAUGCUGACCGCAAUAAACCACUUACUCCAUAUGCAUUAAUAAAUAGUUUUGCGGACAAUAAUGUGAUGAAUCUCAUAACUAUCGUUUUAGAGCAGAAUCCGAAGUCAUAUUUGGCUUUUGAGAAAUUGUACCGCAUUUUGAAUGACUUGUUAAUAUUCUUUGGUGAAGAUGGCGAUGGUGAAAACAAUUUCUAUUUCAAGAAGCUUAAAACAGCUUGUAUCGAAAGUGCGUUGAUUGACAAUAAUUUUAACUAUGCAUACACACAGAGUAUUGAGUUGUUUAAGUUCUUUGAAGACAAACCGAAUGAUAGAAGAAUUGAUGAACUUUGGCUAACCUUUUAUCAAGUUGGAAAGUAUAUAUCACCCGAAUGGUUUGAUGAACCUGAAAAGACUAUUGAUUUGGAAGUGUUGACUAAACAACGAGAAAUUUUAUCAUUAACUAUUGCAACUCUAUCGUUAGGGGAGAACAGCAAGAUUGUUAUUAAUCAAUGGCAAUCAUUAAAUGAUAAAAUACAAAGAGUCAGUUUAGAAAAUGAUAUUGACAAGGUGAAACAACAGUUUGCUGCUGAAAAUACGCGUGCUGUUUAUUCUACCAAACAUUUGGAAAAUAUUGGUAAUAUUGCGAACGAUAUUAUCAACGAUGCAAGCAAGACAACAAAUAAUGCCAGUGAAAAGAUUUCUAAUUUGUUUGUUUCCGGGUUGGGUUGGGCCAUUGGAGCUAACCAACACCGAUAA